AUGCUCCGUGACCCGAAGGACGAGGAGCUGGCCCCGAUCUGUGGAAAGAUCAAGGCGCUCCGUGAGGCCGGGCUCACGGACAUGGAUGUGCCCCGGUCCCAGAAGGGCAAGGGGCCGGCUGCUGACUUGGGGAAAGGGGGCCAGGGCCAGGCCUCCGCCCAGUCGGAGGGCUCGGACUCCGACGACUCCUCGUUGGGUGUCGAAGGAGACCUUAGCGACGACGACGUUCCCCCGGCAGCCGACGCAGUCGUGCCAGAGGAGGACGACGAGGAAGAUGACGUCCCCUUGGUAAGGCGGUCCGCGGCGGAGCAGGCGGGCGGGCGGGAGGCCAGCCUGCAGCUCCAGGGACCUCACGGCGACGCGGUGGCUGGGGCCUCCGGCGGUAGUGGCGCGGCUGCUACAGCCGCCCCGACCACCCCGGGAACUCCGGCAGCUCCCCCCGCGCGAAGCGGCCCUCCGGCGAGGAGCAUCUUAACGGACAGGGUGCUCAAGCUCAAGCCGGCGGGUUCGUCGAGGAAGAGGGGGCAGACCGGCGACAACCAGCGUGUCGCUGGCAGCCCCAACCAAGAAGCCUCGCCCGGCAUCGGGCGGCGGGACCAAGACGCUGCUGACGCAGCGGUUACGACAGCAGCAGCGGCCGCACGGGACCCAAGGAUCCCCGACUCAAGCUCACAGGGCACCGGCCUGGUGGCAGGUACGCGCAAGUUCGAACACUUCCCUUAG